AUGUUUCGAUCAUUAGCGACGCGCCUGCCGCGGCGCGCAGUCGCCGCUGCAUCCCCCCGUCUCAUCACCAGAUUUCACCCCUCUACCUCUACGCCUUCCUCCCGCCGGGGCCUCGCGACGAUCAUCGAAGCCAUCCCGAAAGAGCCGACAGAGCUCGACGCCAUCACGACCCUCCCCAACGGUCUGCGCGUCGCAUCCGAAGCGCUACCGGGCUCAUUCUCCGGCCUCGGCGUCUACGUCGACGCCGGCUCCCGGUACGAGGACGCCGGCCUGCGCGGUGUCAGCCACAUCAUGGAUAGGCUGGCUUUCAAGUCGACGGGUAGCCGCAGCGCGGACGACAUGCUCGAGCAGGUCGAGGCCCUCGGCGGCAACAUCCAGUGCGCGAGCUCGCGGGAGAGCAUGAUGUACCAGGCGGCGACGUUCAACGGCGCGGUGCCGACGACGAUUGGCUUGCUCGCCGAGACGAUUCGCGACCCGAAGCUCACCGAGGACGAGGUGCUCGAGCAGCUCGGCACCGCCGAGUACGAGAUUAAGGAGAUUUGGAGCAAGCCGGAGCUCAUCCUGCCCGAGCUCGUGCACACGGCCGCGUUCAAGGAUAAUACCCUCGGCAACCCGCUGCUGUGCCCCGAGGAGCGCCUCGGUAGCAUCUCGAGGGAGACGAUCAAGCGGUACAGGGAUUUGUUUUACCGGCCGGAGCGCAUCGUCGUCGCGUUUGCCGGUGUCGAGCACACGGAGGCGGUCAAGCUGGCGGAGCACUACUUUGGCGACAUGAAGGCCUCCUACCAAGAACCUACGCUCUCAAGAACAGGUUCAGAGACCUCCAUCGGCUCCGCGACCUCGGAGUCAACCGACGCAUCCUCAUCCGUCUCGGCCUCGUCCUCCUCCUCCUCCCCCGUCCAACAACCCUCAAAACUCCUCUCCAAAGUCCCCUUCUUCAAGAACCUCUCCACCUCUGCGCCAACCAACGCCUCCGUCCAGGGCGCAGGCAGCGCAUCGCAGCUCUACACCAUCGACUCCCCGGCCCACUACACUGGCGGCUUCCUCUCCCUCCCCCCGCAGCCCCCCUCCCUGAACCCGAACCUCCCGACCUUCACCCACAUCCACCUCGCCUUCGAGGGCCUCCCCAUCUCCUCGGACGACAUUUACGCUCUCGCAACCUUGCAAACCCUUCUCGGCGGCGGCGGCUCCUUCUCCGCCGGCGGGCCGGGCAAGGGCAUGUACUCCCGCCUCUACACAAACGUCCUCAACCAGCACGGCUGGGUCGAGUCCUGCGUCGCCUUCAACCACUCCUACACCGACUCUGGCCUCUUUGGCAUCUCGGCCAGCUGCAUCCCCGGCCGAACGGCGAGUAUGCUGGACGUCAUGUGCCGCGAACUCCGCGCCCUCACGCUCGACACGGGCUUCUCCGCCCUGAAAACGGCCGAGGUCAACCGCGCCAAGAACCAGCUGCGCUCCAGUCUGCUCAUGAAUCUCGAGAGCCGGAUGGUGGAGCUCGAGGACCUGGGACGGCAGGUGCAGGUUCACGGGCGCAAGAUCCCCGUCACGGACAUGUGUCGCCGCAUCGAGGCGCUGACGGUCGAGGACCUCCGGCGCGUGGCGCGUAUUGUUGUCGGCGGGCUGGUGGAGAACCCCGGCAAGGGCAGCGGGGCGCCGACGGUUGUGUUGCAGGAGGCGCAGGCGCAUGGGGUGAGCACGCAUGGUAUUGAGUGGGAGGCGAUUCAGAAUACGAUUUACGAUUGGCAGUUGGGGAAGCGGUGA